AGGUGAACAUAUGAAUGUGAUGAACAACAACAACAACAACUACAAUGAAUUGUUUGUGAAGGUGAAGAUGGAAGGAGUUGGAAUUGCAAGAAAGAUUGAUUUGAAUGUUUUUCAUUCCUUUGAAAUGCUUACAACCGCAUUAAUUCACAUGUUUAACAAAUCUGUUGAAAUUGAGGAAGGUGUAAGUUACAAGCUUAUGUACCAACAUAGAGACGGCCAUUGGCAUCUUGGAGGAGACCUACCAUGGGAGUGGUUGGUAUGUGUGAAUUGCGGCGAGAGUGCACAGUUGACCUGAUGAUGAACCUAUCAAGCACAUCACUGGUGGUCCACCUGGUGGUCUCCAUGUUUGGUAGGCCAGUCCUCAACUUCCAUUAUCCACCGGAGAAUUGAGAUGAUGUUUACUCUAGUAGUUAUGUAGGUUUUGUGUAAUAUGCAGGAUAACUUAACUUAAAGUAGAUGUUAAUGUUGAUGACUGAUGAUGAUGUUUGAUCAGCAGCAGCAGUGUUAUCUAACACUCUUAAUGAUGUUAAUGAUGGUUAUGAUUAACAUGCAUUUUUGUCUA